ACACACUCUCUCUCUCUAUCUCUCACUCACACACACACACACACACACACACACACACAUAUGAAGAAUGGCGGACAUCACUAGAACAUCAUCAACAACUACUUCUCUGAAAGCCAUAUGGUUCAAUUCUAGUCCCCACUAUAUCCAUUCUCGUACCCACCUCUUCAAAUUCGUCAAAUUCUUCGACUUCUUCUGAUAAAACUUAAAAUCACCAUUACUAUUUACCUUUUUGUAACUUCUCUUUGUUGUGGGUUUGCAAAUGGCUGUGGCUAUGGCUAUGGCUUCUGCUAGUAGCUUUGGGGUUCAUUACACUAAUUUCAAAGCACUUGAAAAGGGUCCUUUCUCAAGAGCUGCUCUGUUUAGGACCUGGUCUGGCUUCGAUCUGGUUCGCCCCCCAUUAUGCAUUUUCACCAUAGGAAGAUUGUCAUCUUCAUUAACUACAUUUGUCCCCCGAGCAUCAUCAGCCACAGCUGUAGAGGAUGGAAGUUAUCGGGACACUGAUAAAAUUCCUACUCCUAAAGUAAUUAUAGACCAAGACUCAGAUCCAAAUGCAACAGUGGUGGAGAUAACCUUUGGUGACCGCCUUGGAGCUCUUAUUGACACUAUGAAUGCACUUAAAAACCUUGGGCUGAAUGUUGUUAAGGCGAACGUCUAUCUGGAUUCUUCUGGAAAGCACAACAAGUUUGCCAUCACUACAGCCAAUACUGGUAGAAAAGUUGAGGAUCCGGAGUUGCUUGAGGCAAUUCGUUUGACGAUUAUUAACAAUCUGCUUGAGUAUCAUCCGGAAUCAAGUGGCCAAUUAGCAAUGGGAGCAGCCUUUGGAGUAGAGCCUCCAAAACAGCAGGUCGAUGUAGACAUAGCAACACACAUCAAUGUCUAUGACGAUGGCCCUGAACGAAGCUUGCUUUGUGUAGAAACAGUGGAUCGCCCUGGUUUACUAGUGGAUCUUGUAAAGAACAUCACUGACAUAAACGUUACUGUUAAAUCAGGAGAGUUUGAUACUGAGGGUUUGCUUGCUAAGGCAAAGUUUCAUGUGAGCUACAGGGAUAAAGCGAUCAUCAAACCUCUUCAACAGGUGCUUGCUAAUAGUUUACGAUAUUUCUUGAGGCGCCCAUCAACUGAAGAGGCGAGUUUUUGAAACAUUGUGGAAGAUGACAGUAUUAAUGGCUAUAUAUGGUUACAACUGAUUUUGAAACUAUCCACAAUCAACCCAUUGCCAGAGAUUGUCACACGUUUAUUACAAUAAUACUCUUUUGUUUUAAGAUGUAUGUAUACGGACAAACACAGGCACGUGGUUUACAAUAUCAAUCUUGUACUUUACAUCAUUGUAAAAUUAUUCACUGUUGUAGGCUUUACCAAGAAGAUUGGAAUGCAAUUUUUUUCCUGAAA